AUGCAAACCACCCCAUGGACCUUGGAGCUUCACUCCCCUGUGGGCCAGCACAAUGAUGCUGCAAGGUGGCCCGAUUCGUUCCCCACCAGCCAUGGCAAGCAUAACGACUUAACCUUACCUUCUGCUCAUCAGAGUAAAAAACGCAGGGCAUUUGUAAUUAGAACUGCACUUUCAGCAGUUUUGGUCCUUGUCCUCGCGGCUUAUUUUUGUCGGUCUCCCGGAGGCCAUUGGCUUUCAAAAAAUGCAGUCACUCGACGGUUGGCUAGCAGUGAUGAAGAUGAAGCGUGCCAAGAUUUGCUUGAGCUAAUAGAAAGGGCUAGUGGAGGAGAGAGUGGGGAAUCUUCGAGCCCCAAGGAACUUUUCCAGAGCUCCAGUCCUGGCAGCGGAACAGGCUCUAGAAAGAGGCGACAUAGCACGGGUAACCAAGAUGAGGUGGAGAAGUUCAAGAAGCCUUUAUUAGAGGAGGAUUCGCAGAGUACGGUUGCAAACGUGCAGGAAAAUCUUGAUAUCCCACGGAGUUCGUCUGCCGAGGCGUCUUCUGCCCAACAGCAGACAGUCUCAACUCGGGAACGGGAGUUCUCUGUAGGCUUGCAAAGGCAUGAUGAACCUAGCACAUCAUCAGGCACCCAAGGAUUCGAAGGCACAUUGCAUGGAGCUGAGUCCAUGGCACGUCCCCAGGCAGUAAUGGAUCCUUCUGACGAUGAUCUCCUCCAGCAGUGGUUUCUUGAUUACAUUCUCGAUCCAGCAUUCACUGAAUCGCCAGCAGACGACACAGACCGCUUGAAGGACACAAGGGAGCACACUGGUCUAUCCAGCAACUCAGCAUCGCAGCAAGAAAGCCCGCUUCGCAUACUGCUACAGCGCGCUAUGCUACCCAAGUCCACCAGUUCGCAGGCCUCCACAGAUGGAUCAACUCUGUCAACGAGUCCAGUGGAAACGCCUGGGCCAUCGCAUACACCGGUGAGUGCUUAG